UAUGCAAUAACGGAGACCUAAAUUGAAAUCUUUGGAUAAUAAAGAGAAUCAACAUACUUCAGAAACUCCAAUACAGAAUCGUAAACUAUUUAGAAAGACAACACCAAAAUUAUUGUAGCCAUUACAAAUGGAUUAACACAUAAGUUCAAGAGAACCUUUGACUACAAAAGUAGAUGGACCACAUAAAAUCAGAUUUAGAACAUAUGCUAAUACUAUUGAAAAUUUGAUGAAUGAUAAUUUGUUAAAAUUAAUACCUCCUACAUGUGAUGGAACUACUUACUCAAUUGGAUAAUCAAUAGGUAAGGGAAGUUAUGCUACUGUAAGACUUGGAACUAAUAAAUAAGGGUUGAAAGUAGCAAUUAAAGUAUAUGAAAAGUUAUUCUUAAAAGGAGAGCGACUCAAUAAUCUUGUAAAAGAAAUCAGUGCAUUAAAAGCACUUAAUCAUGAAUAGAUAGUUAAAUUAUUGGAUGUUUAUCAUUGUGGAAGUACAAUAAAUUUAGUAUUGGAGUAUUGUGGAAAUGAGAGUCUCUUUACUUUGGUUAAAUAACAUAAAGCAUUAUCAAAAGAUUAUGCAUUCAAUAUAAUUCAUCAAUUAUUAAAGAUAUUAGUAUACAUUCAUGAGAAGAAUAUAUGUCAUAGAGAUAUUAAACUUGAAAAUAUUCUGAUAAGCAAUAAAAAAAUUAAACUAAUUGAUUUUGGAUUUAGUACUAUAUAAAAUUGUAUAACUUGUCAUUGUGGUACACCUAGCUAUAUGUCACCUGAAGUUGUAACAAAAUAGAAGUAUGAUGGAAGGACAACUGAUAUAUGGGCAUUAGGAGUUCUUUUUGUUGGUUUGCUAUAAGGUAGCUUCCCAUUUAAGGGGUCAACUGAAAAGGAACUCUUUUUUAAAAUCAGAAAUAAUGAGUAUAUAAUUAAUAGUUAGGAUAAGGAUGUGAGAAUGUUUUUAGGAUAGAUAUUUGUAUUGGAUCCUCAUCAUAGAGCUACUGCCAAAGAGGUAAUUAUUUAUUACUUUUAUUCUUAGUUAUUAUAAUACGAUGUUUUUAGAUCUAUGUGA